UUUAUGGUUGGCCUUUCUAUGUCAUGUGUUAUAAGAACUGCAGGAGCACACGUAGAUAUUCUAGAAUCCAUACAAGUGACAUUUUGCUUUCUGGGUUUGCUCCAAGUUUUCAUUUUGGCUCAUUUUCUGUUUUUGUUUUUUGGGUGGAAAGCUUAUAGAGGGUGGCGGUGUCUCUCUGGAAUUUGGAGUGGUUUUGGGGUUUUCUUACUGUGUCAGGUGUUUGAAAGAAGUCUCAAGUUGGUCAAUUAGCUUAGUACUUGAGGAAAGUCCCAAGUUGUUCAACUGGUGAAUCUUAUAACGAAUUCUGAAUUAUCUGUAACAGUGCUCUAGGUUAACACUCCAAGAGAGUGCUGUUAAUUCGCGUCUCCUUCUGGGAUCAAGUACGUAGAAAUAGGUCCUGGGAUUUUCUAAUAGGUGCUUGAAAAUAGAAUCAGCUUUAUUUUGUUCUUUGGGAAGCUUUGAAAGGUCUGAAUGUGCCAUUGCUUAUACAAGCCAUGGCAUCAGUUGUUACUUCCCGGGUAUUGUCUUAUUUUUUGACAAAUUCAGAGCUUAAGCCUAGGUCUCGAGUAAGAGUUCAAAGCAUAAGUGGUAGUGACUCAAAAGGAUUGCCAUCCGAUUCUGUUCAAAUGAAUGGAGCUUCUUUGACUGGAGAGGAAGAGAAAAAUGGGGUGUUGAUUGAUCGAGGCAUCAGGGAGAAAGAGAAGACUGGGGGUCGGGCUGAUGCAUGGAAUGCGAGUUUAAAGUGUGGAGUCGAGAAUAAAGAUGUUAUUUCAAGUCACUUAGAUGUCUUGUGGGAUGAUGGUUAUGGGACCAAGACGGUGAAGGAUUAUUUUGAAGAAGCCAAGGAGAUGAUUAGGCCUGACGGGGGGCCUCCCCGGUGGUUUUGCCCUGUUGAGUGCGGGCAACCGUUAAAAGAUUCUCCAGUUCUUCUGUUUUGCCCUGGGCUUGAUGGUGUUGGCUCUGCACUGGCUCUGCAUCAUAAAGCUCUUGGGAAGGUUUUUGAAGUUCGAUGCCUUCAUAUUCCAGUGCGUGAUCGAACACCAUUUGAAGGGCUGGUGACAAUUGUUGAAAAGACUGUUAGGCUCGAGCAUGCCUUGUCUCCAAGUAAGCCAAUUUAUCUACUGGGGGAUUCCUUUGGGGGAUGUCUUGUUCUUGCCAUUGCUGCUCGUAAUCCUGAAAUCGACCUUGUAGUGAUAUUGGCCAAUCCAGCUACAUCAUUUGACAGGUCACAGCUUCAACCCCUGUUCCCUCUUUCAGAGGCCUGGCCUGAUGGAUUAUACAAUGCUGUGCCCUAUCUUCUUAGCUUUAUUAUGGGUGAUCCGGUGAAGAUGGCAAGGGUCAAUAUUGAUCAUAGACUACCUCGCAGAUUACAAAUUGAACAAUUAUUUCAGAAUCUAAUUGCUUUGCUACCUUGUCUUUCUGAUUUGGCUGAUAUAGUUCCAAAAGACACUCUUAUUUGGAAGUUGAAACUGCUCAAAUCAGCAGCUUCUUAUACUAAUUCCCGGAUUCAUGCUGUGAAAGCUGAAGUGUUAGUCCUGUCAAGUGGUAAUGAUUACAUGCUUCCUAGUGGAGAUGAAGCUCAGCGACUGAAAAGUUCAUUGAAGAAUUGCACAGUUCGUUAUUUCAAGGACAAUGGGCAUACUAUUUUGCUGGAAGACGGUGUUAAUUUGCUUACUGUUAUUAAAGGUACUGGCAAAUAUCGUCGUUCAAGGACGAUUAAUUUUGUAACAGACUUUGUGCCACCAAGCAUGUCAGAAUUCAAAUACGGAAAUGAUGAACUAGUUGGGUUGUUAAGCUUUGCUACUGGUUCUGCCAUGUUCUCAACUUUGGAUGACGGGAAGAUAGUAAAAGGUCUUCAUGGGGUUCCAAAUGAAGGUCCUGUCUUAUUUGUUGGCAACCACAUGUUGAUGGGACUGGAAGUUUGUUCCCUUGUCUUAGAGUUCUUGAGAGCGAGAAAUAUCAUGGUUCGUGGUGUAGCACAUCCAGUUGUACUUGGAGAAAGGGAGUGGGUUUCAUCCCCUGAAUUUUCUUUUACUGAUUGGAUGAAAGUAAUGGGUGCAGUACCUGUCACAGCCAGCAAUCUUUUCAAAUUGCUGUCAACAAAAUCUCAUGUGCUUCUUUAUCCUGGAGGUGCUCGGGAAUCCCUUCAUCACAGGGGUGAAGAAUAUAGGCUAUUUUGGCCUGAUCAACAAGAAUUUGUGAGAAUGGCAGCAAGGUUUGGGGCUACAAUUGUACCAUUUGGAACUGUAGGAGAAGAUGAUAUAGCAGAGCUGGUACUUGAUUACAACGAUUUAAUGAAAAUCCCAGUGCUUAAUGACUACAUCAGAAACGCUACUAGUAGCUCUAUAAGAAUAAGGGAUAGGAGUAAAGGGGAGGUUGCCAACCAAGAACUAUAUCUCCCAGGUCUCCUGCCAAAGCUACCAGGCCGAUUUUAUUUUCUGUUCGGAAAGCCUAUAGCUACCAAGGGCCGAAAGGAAGAGAUACUUGAAGACAGAGAAAAUGCUAAACAAUUAUACCUGCACAUAAAAUCUGAAGUUGAAGGUUGCAUUGCUUAUCUGCUGAAGAAACGAGAGGAGGAUCCUUAUAGGAAUAUUGUUGACAGAACGGUGUAUCAUGCUUUACAUUCUCCUUUGCAUGAAGUUCCAGCGUUUGACCCUUAAAAAAUGGCCAGUCUCGCAGCAGCCUUCCCUCGAUUUGAACCGAAAUGAUAAUAAACUUGUUUUAUUUCCUUUGAUUACAAAGGAGACGAGCUCAGCUCGUUGCUGCAAGGAACAUCGCUACACAUUGUCUAUAUUUCUCCUUCCAGUAGUUGCAGCAGGUAAUGGUAGGCUGGGCCGUAUCCUGAGCCACUUCUUUGGAAGCGAAAAGGCCAGAAGAUUUCGUGAACAAAAAUGGAAGGCUAAGAAUGUAGCACGUUGCCUUCCUUUUCACUUAUCUUCCUUCCGAUGGUUGUAACCUUGUAGCCAAAAAGCUUGCCUUCCUUUUCAGUCA